GCUAUUUAUGUUUAUCUUUAGCUCUUCAUUUUCUUUUUCAUCAACAAGAAUCUUUUAUUUCUCUUUCUGCUGAUUCACUUCCACAGGAAAAAAUGGUGGGUGACAAUGGCUCUAGCCAAGGCGAAGUCAAAACGAGGCGACAGAGAUGCAACAAGAAUGAUUUCUUUCCAGAAGAAUCAUUUAGAAGCUGGGGAAAUUAUGGCAGGGCAUUACUUGAGACCAAAAAGCGACUCCAAGACCGUCUCCUGACACGGUCCAGUGAUGACCUAGAGAUAAAUGAAAUGCGUGCUAGGAGUCAGAAUGAGAUGAAUAAAUCACUAAACUGGGUUGAUAUCAUCUGGUUUGGCGUUGGGGGCACCAUGGGAGCCGGAGUUUUUGUCCUCACUGGACAAGCAGCUAGGGAUUAUGCUGGACCAGCUGUUGUAAUAUCAUAUCUUGUUUCGGGUUUAUGUGCUCUACUAUCUGUACUUUCUUACUCUGAGUUUGCUGUAGAACUUCCUGUUGGUGGAGGCUCGUUUGCUUUUUUAAGAGUAGAGCUGGGUGAUUUUUUUGCUUUUCUGGCUGCUGGAAAUCUUCUCUGUGAGUAUAUAGUAGCUGGGGCAAGUGUGGCGCGUGCAUGGACUUCAUAUUUUGCAACAUUGUGCAACCAAAAGCCUGAUGAUUUUCGGUUACAUGCUCCAUUACUAGCGGACGGGUAUAACCAAUUAGAUCCAAUUGCAGUUAUUAUAUCAGUUGCUAUCUGCAUAUGUGCAUCUCUUAGCACUAAGGGUUCAUCAAGGUUCAAUUCACUUGCUACUGUAAUCCAUAUUGGAGUUAUGGCUUUCAUCAUUAUCGCCGGCCUAACAAAAGCUGAUACCUCUAAUUAUGAAACUUUCAUGCCUUUUGGCAUUCAUGGUGUUUUGAGAGCUUCAGCCAUGCUUUUCUUUGCAUAUGUGGGGUUUGACGGUGUUUCCACAUUGGCAGAAGAGGUCAAGAAUCCAGGCCGAGACAUACCCAUUGGCCUCAUAGGUGCAAUGCUUGUUGUUAUAACAACUUAUUGCCUUGUAGCAGCGACGUUGUGCCUUAUGCAGCCAUACAGUCAGGUUGAUGUUGACGCACCAUACACAAUUGCCUUUGAAGCAGCUGGAUUGAACUGGGCUAAAUAUCUAGUCGCCUUUGGUGCAUUGAAGGGAAUGACGACUGUGUUGCUUUCUAACAUCAUUGGGCAGGCUAGAUAUUUCACUCACAUUGCACGAACACAUUUGGCUCCUCCAUUUCUUGCAGUGAUUAAUGAGAAAACCAGGACCCCGAUGAAUGCCACUAUCAUAAUGACUGUUGCAAACAGUUUGGUUGCAUUAUUCACUGGCCUUGACAUAUUGGCAAAUCUUCUUUCAAUCUCGACUCUUUUUAUAUUUUCCCAAGUUUCCAUUGCAUUGUUGGUCAGAAGAUACUACGUAUCUGGGGAGACAUCCAUCUGCGACAGAAACAAACUCAUUGCAUUCUUGACUCUAAUCUUAGCAUCCGCUAUAGGUUUAGCUAUCUUCUGGGUACAUGGCACGAGUUUUGUGGGCUAUACUGCCAUGGCUGCUAUUUGGUUUUUGUCUACUCUGGGGCUUAAGUUAAGUGUCAAAGAAGCAAGAAAGCCUAGAUUGUGGGGUGUGCCCUUCAUUCCCUGGUUGCCUUCUGCCAGUGUAGCGAUCAAUAUAUUCAUCAUGGGUUCUAUUGAUAGACAAUCUUUCAUCAGAUUCUCGACCUGGACAGGUUUAUUGUUGGUGUACUACUUUUUUAUAGGAUUACAUGUUACGUAUGAUGCAGCGAGAGAAGCUAAAAAGGAUCCUAAUGCAGCACAAGCGGCCAAUGUUGAAGCUGGGAUAUCUUCGUCAUCUGCACCAACUGCUGAAGUAACAGACAGAGCAUAGUAGCUGUUAAGUGUUCAUCGGAAAGAGUUAAAGUCAGUAAAGCUUGUCCAUAAUUUUCAACUUAAGUGUUGAUCACUUUGAAGUGCAUUUUUUUUCUUUUGAACAACAUUUGAUGGACAAUUGUACGAAUUAGUAAUUAUAUAUUUUGCAGAGUAGAAUCAA